AUGGCAAAGUGCGGAGCUUGCGGCAAAUUCCUCUCGUCGACAGGUGGCAAUGCAAAAAAAAAGUCAAGAAAGGGUGAUAACAGCUCUACCCCUGUAAGAGGUAUCUCCGGAAACACCACUCAAGAACCUCAAAUGAUCAGGAGCCCGCCAUGUAGCGAUGGACCUCAGAAAACUGCUUUGAACGAAGAUGAUUCCCCUGCACGAGAGCUUAGCCGCCAACUUGUUGCCUGCAUGGUCGAGAUGCGAGAACUCCGCAAGGAAAUGGCA